AUGUCCUUCUCUUUGUUCAUCGCUCUAUACAACACAACUGAAACGCACAAGUACCACUGGGCGCUUGCACUCGCCCCGAGCAACGACCUGAGCGGCACCAUCCCGAUAUUUCAUAUUCGCACCGCGGACGGCUCGCCUGAGUCUCAGAUCCAAGCCGUCGACGGUUGGGUGAGGGGCCAUAGCACCCACAAUAUUGCGAUGAGCUCGAAGCUCGUUUGUUGUGUUCGUCUUGGAACCGUGAUGGCCACUGCAGCGUACAUUGCAUCUACUCUCAACAGAGAGCCCAUCGGUCAAAAUGGUCAGCCACUUACUAGCUUCCAUGACCACUGGAGCUGCUCCCAAUGGGUCAUGCGCGCCUUGUGUACCCUCACCGAACUCGGUCUUAUAGAAGGCGCCAAUCUCAAACUCAACAGCAUGAAGCACCCGAGGUGGAAAGACAUAUUUUAUCACGACAUCUGUGGGCUGGGAGACAAGGCCGGGGCGAAAACCGUUGGGCAGAUGGUCGGAUCAGUGCGCGUCGUAGACUAUUAA